AGCGCGAGCUACCCGGACUGACACACCGACACAACGACCUGUGCACCCAUAGGCACGCGCGCACGCGGGUUCGGGAUUUGGUUUGCGCGCGUGAAGCCACGGAUUGCGCAGGUUGCACUGCAUUAUUUUCCCCGCGUGGAGUCAUGAGAAGGUUUAGGGAGGGGGCUCGCUCCCUCCCGGUGAGGCGCACGAGCUGAAGUACGGGAGCGCGCGCCGUGCAGCCGGGAGCCCCGUGCGCCCUCCAGCUGCUUUUGCAGGGGUUUUGCAUCAGUGGAGCAAAGUUACGCGUGCAGCCCGGCGCUGGAGGAAAGUGCAGCACGCGCCAGCGUGAAAAUCUCCAAAGCAGCAACAACAACAAACAACAAUAACAACAAUAACAACAAACACCGUAAACAGCGGCGCGGCCGUAGCUCGGAUGCACUUGUCGCUCAGACCGGACUGAUCGCGCGCGCGUGGGUUUGCUGUGGACAUCUGCAGGCGGAUGCGCGCGCUGUGGAUGUGCAUGACUAAACCGGUCUGGAGCGCGAGCUGCGGGGCGUAACACCACACAAACAAACAAACGAAUUAACGCGAGCGGGCCACGUGCGGCGAGAGCGGCGCUGCUGCGGAGUCACCGGCGGAGCGCGAGCGGAGAGAAGUGCACUGGAGUUAUUUCGGGCGCGCGCACACAGGGACCCCCAGCGAUACGCAGCGCGGGAUGGACGCUGCUGUGAUGCUCGCGCUCCAUCACUCCUCUCUCUCUCUCCGUCUCUCUCUCUGUCUCUCUCUCUGUCUCUCUCUCUGUCUCUCUCUCACGCGCUCAGUCUGACUUCUCCUUCUGUCUCUCUCUCUCUGUCUCUCUCUCUCUGUCUCUCUCUCACCCGCGCGCCCAAGUUGUUCUCCGGGGCUCGAGCAAACAUGUUGCGCGUGUGCGCGCUGCAUUCGCUCUUCCUGCUUCUCGGAGUUACAGAUAGCCGGAUCCUGGAGAGCCUUCAGCGUUACUCCUCCGCCCCCACUUACCUGCCUGUCAGCUACCAGCUGCUCAACACCGAGUCAUCCUUUUUCCUCAAGGAGGCCACGCAGGACUUCAUGCGCAACUCCAGCCUCCUCGCCAGAACCGAACCUUUCUUCAUCCACCAGGCCAGGAGACCUCCAAUCAUCAAUGCCAGCUAUGGUACACUCUUUGUGGAGCAACUUGUACCUCUGGAGCUCCUUCAGACCCCUGGCACCUUUGUGGCCUCCUCCACCCUCUUCACCUUCAACUGGAAGGUGCAGACUUUUGUCCUCACAGAGAAGAUCUACCUGGACAAACCCAAGGUUCAGGUACUUUUCUACAUAGCUGGGAGGGACUGGGAUGACUAUAGCACUGUGGACAAGUUGCCUUGUGUGCGAAUGUUUGCCUUCCAUGAGACACAAGAAGUUCGUGGCAGCUGCAGGCUUCGGAGUGAGCUGGGCAUUUGUGUUGCUGAGCUGGAGCCUCUUCCUGGUUGGUUUGCGCCUCCUAGCGUGGUCCCAGGACGCCAAAGAGGCACGGAUUUGUCCAAAGGGACUCCUGUGGAGCUUUACUACUCCCUUCACUCAGUGGAAAGCAGUGAGUGCCUUGGCGAGGAAUCUGGAGUCAGGAAUUCUGCCCGAUUAGAACAAGAAGAUAUGUUUGGAUCUGCCACAUCUACACCCAUGCGGAGGAUCGGAAGCGUGAGGUUGUUCCGGACACCAGCUGUCCCGGAAUUGUCAGAGCAUCGGCUGGACGGGAAUUUUGCAGUGCUCGUGCCAUCAGCGCCGGUCCGGCCGAGGGAUAGUGUGUCGGCUUACGUGGCUGCUUCACCCUAUUCACCUGUGGAAAUGUUCACUCUGAGGGUGAAACUGAAGGAUGGUGUUGCGUUUUUAGGGGCGAGACCCUGUAACCCCACGCUGUGGAUGGUCAGUCAGGACGUCCGGACUGAAGGUCAUAAGGUGGUGACCCUGCACUGCCGGAGAAAGGAGUCCAGCUAUGGUCAGAGGGUGGAGCCUGGCUGGCAGAGGGUGGUGCAGGUGGAUCUAGAGAUGGACAUCACUGUGGAUAUGGUGGGCAAUGGAUCGAUAUCCUGGAUGGUGGAGUAUCCUGGCAUCAGAGCAGGUUCGGAAGAGACGGAGACCCAAAUCCACAUCGUCCAGAAGGAGCUGGCUGGAGUCAUUCCUCUGGCCAUGGACACAGAGAUUUUGAACACAGCCGUGCUGAACGGCAGAACCGUGGCUGUGCCAGUCAAAGUGGUCACGGUGGCUGCGGACAGUACGAUUACAGACAUAUCGGACAUAGUGGAGUGCCGGUCAACAGACGAGGACGUGGUCAAGAGAAUCAACAAAUAA